AUGGCCACUACCCUCACCAUCGUCAAACCCGACGCCUUCGCCGCUGGCAACGCCGGCAACAUCUUGGCCUAUCUCGAGAAAGAGGGCUUCACCAUCCGCUGCACCAAGCUCAUUCGCCUCACCGAGGCCCAGGCCGGCGCGUUCUACGAGGUCCACAACGAGCGCCCCUUCUUUGGCAGCUUGGUGGAGUUCAUGACCAGCGGCCCGGCACUGGCGGUCUCGCUCGAGCGCGACAACGCCGUCGCCCACCUGCGCCAGGUGAUGGGCGCCACCGACGUUUCGAAGGCCGAGCCCGGUACCAUCCGCGCCCUCUACGGCACCUCGAUCGAGAAGAACGCCAUACACGGUAGCGACUCGGCCGAGAACGCGGCCCUCGAGACCAGCUUCUUCUUCUCCAGAGCCGAGUUGCUGGCGGCCUGCUGA